AUGAUUUGUCAUCGCGAGGGCCGGGGUGUCUCUCUUUGCAGAGGAAACCUUGGCCGUGAUUGACAGCAGGGCUGGUUUUUGCCGCUUCCCUCGCUGUUGUCAAGUAAUAAUGAAGCUUUGUCAGUCCAUCAUGGACAUGGAUAUGCCAGAUUAUGUGGACUCCUUGGACUCCUCUUACACCAUGCUGGAAUUCGACAACCUCCGGGUGCUCCCCAAUAACACCGAGGCCAUCGCAGCUGAAUCAGCAAACACCAACCUGCUCCCCAACGGUGUCAGCUCCCUGUGCUCCAUCUGUGGGGACCGGGCCACCGGCAAACACUACGGGGCCUCCAGCUGUGACGGCUGCAAGGGCUUCUUCAGGAGGAGUGUCCGCAAGAACCACGUCUACUCCUGCAGGUUCAGCCGACAGUGUGUGAUAGACAAAGACAAGAGGAACCAGUGCAGGUACUGCAGGCUGAAGAAGUGCUUCAGAGCUGGCAUGAAGAAAGAAGCCGUGCAGAACGAGCGUGACAGGAUCAGCAUCCGCAGGAGCAGCUACGAGGACAACGGCUCCCUCUCCAUCCACGUGCUCACCCAGGCUGAGGCCAUGGCACAGCAGUAUUUAUCCCUGAGCCCGGUGCACAGCACGGACAUUGCCAUGAAGAAGGUUGCCACCAUCAAUGAUGUGUGUGAAUCCAUGAAACAGCAGCUUCUGGUGCUGGUGGAAUGGGCAAAAUACAUCCCAGCGUUCUGUGAGCUCCCACUUGACGACCAGGUUGCCUUGCUCAGAGCCCAUGCAGGGGAGCACUUGCUCCUCGGAGUGGCCAAGCGGUCCAUACCAUACACUGAUUUUCUGUUGUUAGGGAAUGAUUUCAUCAUCCCAAUGCACUGCCCAGAACUGGAAAUCGCUCGUGUGGCCACCAGAAUCCUGGACGAGUUGGUGAAGCCCUUGCGGGACAUCCAGAUCGAUGACAACGAGUACGCCUGCCUGAAAGCCAUCAUCUUCUUUGAUCCAGACUGCAAGGGCCUGAGUGAGCCUGGGAAGGUGAAGAACAUGCGCUUCCAGGUGCAGGUGAACCUCGAGGAUUACAUCAACGACCGCCAGUACGACUCCCGGGGCCGCUUCAGCGACAUCCUCCUCCUGCUGCCCCCCCUGCAGAGCAUCACCUGGCAGAUGAUAGAGCAGGUCCAGUUCAUGAAGCUCUUUGGAGUGGCCAGGAUCGACAGUCUGCUGCAGGAGAUGCUGCUGGGAGGAACCACCGUUGAUGUCCACUACCAGUCAGGACCUCCCAACCUCAACCUGGAACCACUGCCAGGACACGUCCUCCAAAGCAACAUGAACUCUGUGAUUCACACAGCUCCAGACCCAUCUCCUGAAACAUCCCUUCCAUCUCCUUCUACAAGCACAGGCAGUGAAGACUAUAAACUAGGCCCUAGCGCAGGACCCAGCGCCGUAGCACAGCUCUUGCCUCAGACAGUGAUGCCCAAGCAGGAGAUUUUAUAGGGAGAGGUGGAAGGAGAAGCUGGGAGCAAUGUGGAAACCCUGCUGACAGUGAAACGGGCCCUUUCUCUUUGCAGAGGCAAAGCACAGCACCCCCCUGCCCGCGGCCGGACCCGUCGCUCACGCCCUGUCCCGGCCGUGACUCAAGCACCAGGUCCCAGCCUGCAGCAGCAUCCUCACCUUGGGAAUUCCCACCACCUUUGCACAAGGGAUUGGGGUUCAUGCUCUCCCCAGCAGGACCAAGAGUGCAAGCUCUUCGGAGCAGGGCUUCCGAUUGCAUUUGUUAUCGCCUUGCUUGGUGCCAUCACGACCCUUUUAAAGCCUUCAGCCACUUUCUUCAUCCAAACAAGUGCCUUGCACGGCUCCUGGUAAUCACUAACAUGUACAGCGUGUCCUGAAUUGGUAUGGAAAGGUCUAUUCCCAUCAAAAAUUUAAUUACACUCCCUUCUCCUGCUGCAUGUUAAGCUUUAGGAACAUCUUCAUAACCUUUACCAGGCCAAACGUUUCUUAUUCCACACAGAGGUGCCUUGUUCCACACAGGCCAGCCAACAUUUAAUGCUGGUUAGUUAUUAUUUAUGAUCAGGAAUGCCAACAUUUUGUCAUUUUCCAUCAUUCCCAGUAUAUGUGGAGCCCAGUUGUAAGUCAUUUGAUGGACCUUCUAUUUUGUGAGCACUUCUAACACAGCUCCAAGAGGGCAGCAAGGAUCUCUGCCCCACUCUGUGGCUGCUGGUCUGGGAAACCCUCAGCUCAAGGAGCUGUUGACUUACCCAAUCCCUGCUUUGUGCAACACACAUAACAAAAAAUGCCCCAAAACACAUUUUCCCUGUACACAGAUAUGAUUUUGCUGUAGUUUCCUGCUUCUUUGUAGUAUCUGCAACCUAAACUUCAGAGUUCAAAAUUAGCCAAAAAAGGAAGAGGCAGAUCUU